AUGGGCAAUUACUAUUUGUGCGAUGGAGGAUAUACAAAUGGAAAUGGUUUUUUGUCUCCCUACCGAGGAUAUAGAUAUUGGUUAAAGGAUUGGCAAGGUGACAAUCCGUCACCUCAAUGUCGAGAAGAGCUCUUUAAUAUGAAGCAUGCUAGGGCGCGUAAUGUUAUUGAAAGAGCAUUUGGACUAUUAAAAGGACGUUGGGAAAUUCUUAGAAGUCCUUCGUGGUACUCGGUUAAGGUUCACAAUAGAAUUAUUAGUGCAUGUUGUUUGAUUCACAAUUUCAUUCGAAGAGAGAUGGAAGCUGACCCAUUAGAUGUGGAAAUGGAAUUCCACAUGGAGAAUCAACAUGAACAUGACAAUAUUAAUACAAUUGAAGCAUCUGAUGAGUGGACCACUUGGAGGGAUGAACUAGCUCAAUCUAUGUGGAAUGAAAGAUUGGGAAAUCAAUCUUUAUAA